AAAAAAUGGAUUCAUCAGAUUUCGGAGCGGAGCAUUCGACCGAGGAUUUUGGUGUGUCCCUGGCAGAUAUUAUUGACUACAUCGGUGAGGCAUCUCGGCCGCUCAAGGAAGGAAGUGCAGUGUUUGAUGCCAACCAUGUGCGGAGUAUAGGUUACACGAUCAAUCGGCUAGGUCGGAGGGAAGUUGUUGCUCGAGUGACCAGAAGCUCUAAUCCCAGGGAGAAACCGCAUGAGGUUGUGUUGAAGCUCGGAACGGAUAUAUCCGGUUGGGUACUGAAAUGUUCGUGCAGGGCAGGAACGCAGAAAUGCAAACAUGUAAUUGCAUGCCUUUUGCACUUAGAAAAGGACCCCAUGCUGGAGUACAUGUCUUGUACUGACAUAAAACAAGCGUGGGGAACAACUAAAAGCGAGAAACGGGCAGAAUGGGACGCCAAGCGCGUUUCAGAUAUGUGCUGUGUUCCCAAACAAAAACCGUUGAAUACCAGUGAUGUUGAAACCCUCGAAGACAUUUUAAAAACAAGUUUCUCACGAAUUUUAAAUGUGUCAAAAAACUCUGCCAUAUUUAAGCAUACUUCUGGAAGAUACUUAAAUAUUCCAAAAAUUUAUCCGAAUCGUGCCAUGCAAGGAGUGAUAAGUGAUUGCCUAACAAUGGAAGAACUCGAAAGUUACCUAACCAAACCUUCAUCCGUCGUGCUCAACGUUGCCUAUUCGAUACUGCAAGAUGAGGAAGAAUAUUACAACAGGAAUAUUCGGUUGAGCUUGCAACGAGUCAUAGAAUUAGCAGUUGAAACGCAAGAGCAAAAUACGAAUUUGUGGAAAAUCCUUCGUUCUAAGAGAAUCACCGCAAGUUCCGCUUACAAUUUAUUCACAUAUUUGAGCAACAAAAAUCCUGAUUGGGAGAAAAAGAUUUCCCAGUAUUGGGAAGUCAAAGCUCUUAAGGUGGCCGCUACGAAACAUGGAAAAGAUACCGAGCCGUUGGCGUUUGCUUGUUAUCGGCGCGAGAACCCUAAUGUGAAAAAAUGUGGACUUGUAAUUCACCCGACUGAGGGCUGGAUUGCCGGUUCCCCGGAUGGGUUUGAUCCAUCCUCUGGCAUUAUAUUAGAGAUCAAAUGUCCCAUGAAUAAGGAAGCGACACUUGCCGAAAUUCUUACAUCAAAAACCGUUAACAGUUACAUUAAAAAGUGCCCAAAUAGUGAAAACUUUGAGUUGAAUAGGCGUCAUGUAUAUUAUUGUCAGGUACAAAUUAAUAUGUACAUUCUAAAUUGUAUUAUCAGUCACUUUAUUAUAUAUUCUGCCAAAGAUGAUAAAUAUCAGUUGCUAGAAGUACCAUUUGAUAAAGAAUUUGUGUCGGUAGUAGUGAGUGGACUCAAAAAAUUAUAUUUCGAGAAAAUGCUCAAAAAAUUAACAAAUGAUGGGAUUGCAUUCGACUUAAGCCGAGGAGUCAACAUCGAGUGGCAGUUGCAGAAUCAGAAGGGACAGCAGAAAUUUCCCCCGGUCAACGACGUGGAGAGGUCGCCGAAAUGGCUCGGGCCGUCGCAGGAACGGGACGGAUUGUCGCUGCAGGCCAUCAAGGAAGAACGUUAG